UUAAAUCCUACUGGUAUUUAAAGGCCGCUUUGGCGCUUCAAGGUUUCAGUGUGCGAAGUGUAGCAAGGUUAAAUCGACAAUGUGGACGAGUCUAAUUGUAUCACUGCUCCUGGUCCAAUGCCUGCUUGCCGGGGCAGCGCCUGCGCUAAAGGAUCUGGACGCGGGCACCUGGAGUGCGGAUGAGGCGUGUCAGAAUGUGGAUAAGUCGGUCAUAAUAGCGAACCAGAAUGACUCCACAUGCGCAACUUUCGUCUAUUGUUAUAAAGUCGAUGACUCAACGAGGGCUCUAAUCAAAAGCUGCAAGAGCGGGCAAUUCUUUGAUGCCGAUCUCGAAUUCUGCAGUGUCAGCAAACCAGCUGGAUGUGUCUAAUGUGUGGAAGUCUUAAAAUACAUAGUCAUAAAAUUCAUAGUUGAAUAGUAGUGCAGUAGAUUUUACAUAUGUAUUAUUAACUUAUUAUAUUAAAACCAAUAAAAUAAAAA